AUGCACCAAGAAGAUGCUGUGCAUGCCUUGUUGCUCUGUUCAGAACUGAAGCCUUUGUGGUGCACACGGCCAGAGCGGAACCAUGGCACGCUCCAUGCGUGCUCCUCCUUUAUUGACGUGUUUGAUUUCAUUUUUGCAGGAAAAAAAGAGCCGGAGCUAUUUGCAGCAGUAAUUUGGACAAUUUGGAAUAGGCGCAACAACCUAUGCCUCGGCAAACCGGCCUUACCACUGGACAAAGUGUUGGAGUUUACCCAGGAACGGUUGACGGGGACUGUAGCUACCAACGAGCGAUCUUCGCACCCCCAUGGACGAGCAACAAAUCAUUGGACAACACCUGAUGCUAACAGGUUCAAGAUAAACUUUGAUGGAGCGAUAUUUGUAGACAGGGACCGUGCUGGGAUCGGUGUGGUAAUCCGAAAUGACGUUGGAAUGAUUAUGGCGUCCUUGACUCAACAAAUACCUCUACCAACAUCAGUCAUUGAGGUGGAAGCGUUGGCGGCUAGAAGAGCUUUGGAACUUGCUUUGGAACUUGGCUUUGACGAUAUAAUUCUUGAAGGUGACUUUGAGCUCCUUAUAAAGAACCUGAAGAAUGGAGACAGCAAGCUGACCCACUACGGUAACAUAGCAGCUGAUAUUCUGUUUCUGUUGUCUCACUUCUCUAAAGCAAAUAUAUCUUUUGUCAGGAGACAUUGUAACCAGUUAGCACAUUCAUUAGCAAGGAGAGCAAUAAUAACUCCUAGUAUGUCCGUUUGGAUGGAAAAAGUGCCACCAAACCUUGAAUCUGUAUUUCUGGCUGAUUUUGAGAGCCUACCUUAA